AUGGAUCCAAUCAAGUAUAUAUUUGAAAAGGCUGCGUUAACUCAAAGGAUUUCUCGGUGGCAAAUGUUGUUAUCCGAAUAUGACAUUGAAUAUCGCGCUCAAAAAGCCAUGAAAGAUAGUGUGUUAGCAGAGUACCUUGCUCACCAACUGAUUGAGGAUUAUCAGUCUAUCAGAAUGGAUUUCCCAGAUGAGGAUGUGAUGUAUUUGAGAGCUCGAGAUUCUGAUGAGCCAUUGCUAGAAGAAGGAUCGGAACCUGGAUCUCGAUGGGGUUUAGUUUCUUAUGGAGCUUCUAAUGUUCAUGGUCAUAGAGUUGGUGCAGUUAUUAUCACUCCACAAGGUUCACAUAUUCCUUUUACUGCAAUGAUAUGUUUUGAUUGUACAAAUAAUAUUUUUGAAUAUGAAGCUAUCAUGGGCCUCGAGGAAGCCAUUGAUCUCAGAAUUAAGAUUCUUGAUGUUUUUGGAGAUUCUGCACUCGUGAUCAGUCAGAUUAAAGGAGAAUGA